AUGGUCCUUAAACCUCCAACGCCUCAUCAGGUCCCAUGGCCCUACGACCUACAGUGCAUCCUUAGGCUACCACUGGACAUAGCGGAACGGCUGCGGCCUGUAUUGGAAGAGGGCUAUUCGAAGCAGCUGGAUGACGUUAUUGAUAUCACUCCAGUGGAUAGGCCUGUGGAAGGUGAAAGGAGUCGGGCAUUUGCGGUAAAGGCAUUCGAGGAAACUCUGUCGGGAGUGUUGUUGGACAUACCGACAUUUGUGGAGUCGUUCAAGUCACCCAACAAUCACGUAUUCACUAAGACGGCGGAUGUUAGCCAGAUGCUCGUGGCCUUCCGUGGGACGUGGUCAGAGUAUAAACAGCGGUUACAGGAGCAGGGAGUUGAGUUGGAUCCGGAGUUCCCACUGACCUUGCGUGAUGGUCUGACGCCUCCAACGGUUCGGAUACGGCAACGAAAAUGGAGACAGCCUCCUAACCCUGACCAAGCAGUGAGGAACGCGAGAGCUGAGGAGCAAAUCAUGAAUGUCAAUAAAGGAGGGCAUUUGGAAUGGACAGAGGAGGCCGACGUUGCAGCCUCGGAAAUGCGGGAAAGGGAGGAGAAUGAGCCUAGCAGCAUCUGGCGGCCCACAGAUGAGAUCAUCAAUACGUUGAAUGCGACUGGACUUAUGCCUUCUUUACCCCCUGGAAUGUCUUCAGCCAGUCUGUCAUCAUUUGCGAUGCAGGAUGGUGCCGGCAGCUAUUCUGCAUUUGACGCGACGAGCAAGGGAAGCCGUGCCACUAAGAAGAGUAAAAGACAUCAUCAUAAGAAGAAUAAGAAGCACAAGAAGGAAAGUAAGGAGGAGGAUGAGGCCAUUGCAGCGUUCAAGAAUCGAUAG